AUGACAGAUAUUACGGCGUCAGCAAUUGAUAAGACCAACCCACCUACGACCACCAAAUCCCAUUCGCCUCAAGGAACAGAAAUUUAUCCGGAGACCGAGACGCAGCGUAUCGAACGCAUAAAGAAAUUGUUUGAUGAAUUUGAUUAUGAGAAGACCGGUGUGCUGGCUCGAAAUAACAUUCAGAGGGGACUCAAGAAAUUUCGAAAUCAUCCGGCCCGAAAGAAGUAUGCCUCUGAACUGUUGAAAAGAUGUGACACUUCUGCGGACGGGGUGGUGGACUUUGCAGAAUUUAAAGCUUUCGUGGAGGAAAAGGAAAAAGAAUUGUGGAGGCUAUUUGUGCAAAUCGACCGCUCUCAUGACAUGCGAUUACAGCCCGAGGAAUUGGAGGUCGCUCUGAAAAAAGCUGGUGAGAUGAUUCAAGUCGAGUGCAUCGCUGAUUCGUUGGUUGGGUUAACUGACCGUUCACUCACUGAUUCCUAG